AAGCGUAGGUGUGUUGCAUUGUGGGAGCUGCAGUCCACCUUCACCUUCACCUCCACCUCCUCCUCCUCCUCCUCGCCGUUCUGUUCCUAUGUGUCAGUGAGGGACAGUUUCAGGCGAGGUUUAUUCACAAUCUUGGAUGGGACGUUGGUGAUUCAGCAUGCUGCUGGAUGUGUAAAAGAAAGAUGGGCUCUGUUCUGUCCCUGUGUGGUGCGAAGAGUAAGAAAGAAAACGUACAGGGGGAAAGGCACUUGCGAGCAAACGACAGAGAAUUCAAUCUCUCCUUUAAAUAUGCUAACAACGCCAUCAAAACCUCUAAGUACAACAUCUUCACCUUCCUGCCUCUUAAUCUGUUCGAGCAGUUCCAGCGUCUGGCCAACGCCUACUUCGUCUUCCUGCUCAUCUUACAGUUGAUCCCGUCGAUCUCAUCUCUGUCAUGGUUCACUACAGUGGUUCCGCUGCUCCUGGUGCUGAGCAUCACACUGGCCAAAGACGGUUCAGACGACAUCAACAGACACAAAAACGACAGACAGGUGAACAAUCGGAAGGUCGACGUCCUCAUCGACGGACAACUAAGGACUGAAAAAUGGAUGAACGUUCAGGUUGGAGACAUCGUUAAGCUGGAGAACAACCAGUUUGUCACGGCUGAUCUUCUAUUACUGUCCAGCAGCGAGCCUCUGAACCUCAUCUACAUCGAGACGGCUGAACUGGACGGUGAGACCAAUCUGAAGGUGAAACAGUCUCUGACAGUCACAGGUGAAAUGGGAGAUAACAUUGACAAACUGGCAGCUUUUAACGGUGAGGUUUGCUGUGAGCCUCCCAACAACCGUUUGGAUAAGUUUACAGGAACUCUGACGGUCGGAGGAGAAACAUUCGCUCUGGAUAACGAGAGGAUUCUGCUGCGCGGCUGCACGCUGCGCAACACAGAAUGGUGUUUCGGCCUUGUGCUGUUUGGAGGUCCUGACACCAAGCUGAUGCAGAACUCUGGGAAAUCGAUAUUCAAGCGAACGAGCAUCGAUCACAUGAUGAACGUCCUGGUUCUGUUUAUUUUCGGCUUCUUGGCGUUUAUGUGCACGGUUCUGGCUAUCGGGAGCUCGAUUUGGGAGCAUCAGGAGGGCACCGCGUUUACAGCCUUCCUCCCUCGUCAGGAUGGCGCUGAUGCCAAUAUGUCAAGUUUUCUCACCUUCUGGUCCUACGUCAUCAUCCUGAACACAGUGGUGCCCAUUUCACUCUAUGUAAGUGUGGAGAUCCUCCGACUUGGAAACAGCUACUAUAUUGACUGGGACAGAAAGAUGUACCAUGCUAAGAGCGAUACUCCAGCGCAGGCCAGGACCACAACACUAAACGAAGAGCUCGGCCAAAUCAGAUACAUCUUCUCUGACAAGACGGGCACCUUAACACAGAACAUUAUGACCUUCAAUCGCUGCUCCAUCAACGGCAAAUCAUACGGAGAAGUUCAGGACUUUGCUGGACAAAGAGUAGAGAUCACUGAGAAGACGGAAACUGUAGACUUUUCCUGGAACUCUCUGGCUGACCCAAAGUUCUACUUCUACGAUCAUGCACUCGUGGAGGAGGUGAAGUUGGGAACUCCUGAGGUUCAGGCUUUCUUCAGACUACUUGCACUGUGUCACACCGUCAUGCCUGAGGAGAAGACUGAGGGUCAGCUGUUCUACCAGGCUCAGUCUCCUGAUGAAGGAGCUCUGGUCACUGCUGCAAGGAACUUUGGCUUUGUGUUUCGCACUCGUACCCCCGAGACCAUCUCAGUGGUGGAGAUGGGGGUCCACACCACGUACGAGCUGCUGGCCGUGCUGGAUUUCAACAACGUCCGCAAGAGGAUGUCUGUAAUUGUGCGGAGUCCAAGUGGCAAGCUCACUCUGUACUGUAAGGGGGCGGACACCAUUAUCUUUGAGAGGCUUCAUCCGUCCUGCUCCAAACUAAUGGAGGCCACCACUGGGCACCUCAAUGAGUUUGCCGGUGAAGGCUUGCGCACUCUGGCUCUGGCUUAUAAAGACUUGGAUGAAGCAGAAUUUGCUGUUUGGAGACAGCGUCACCAUGUGGCCAGCACUGCAAUGGAGGACCGUGAGGCUAAACUAGAUGACAUUUAUGAAGAGAUUGAAAAGGAUCUGAUGUUGAUCGGGGCGACUGCAGUGGAGGAUAAACUGCAGGAUGGAGUUCCUCAGACCAUCGAGCAGCUUUCCAAAGCCAACAUUAAGAUCUGGGUGCUAACAGGAGACAAACAAGAGACGGCGGAGAACAUCGGAUAUGCCUGCAACAUGCUGCGGGAGGAGAUGACCGAGGUGUUCAUCAUCUCUGCUGACACGCUGGAGGGGGUGCGGGAGGAGCUGGUGAACGCCAGGAAAAAGAUGUCUCCGGAUUCCCCGGACGAACCGCCCUACAUGAAGAGGAGGAUUAUGGGAAAAACGCCGCAAGUGGUGAUGGAUGAGGAGGUGGAUGGAGAGUACGGCCUUGUCAUAAAUGGACACAGUCUGGCGUACGCUCUGCAGAAGGACCUGGAGGUGGAGCUGUUGCGCAUGGCGUGUAUGUGUCAGACGGUGAUCUGCUGCAGGGUCACCCCACUGCAGAAAGCUCAGGUGGUGGAUCUCGUCAAGAAGCACAAGAAAGCCGUGACCCUGGCCAUCGGAGACGGAGCCAAUGACGUCAGCAUGAUUAAGGCGGCUCAUAUCGGAGUGGGGAUCAGUGGGCAGGAGGGCAUGCAGGCGGUUCUAUCCAGUGAUUUCUCCUUUGCUCAGUUCCGGUAUCUGCAGCGCCUCCUGCUGGUCCAUGGACGUUGGUCAUACCUGCGCAUGUGCACGUUCCUGCGCUACUUCUUCUACAAGAACUUCAGCUUCACCUUCGUACACUUCUGGUAUGCUUUCUUCUGUGGCUUCUCUGCCCAGACGGUGUACGAUGAGUGGUUUAUUACACUUUAUAACCUGGUGUACACAGCCUUACCGGUCAUCGGCCUGAGUCUCUUCGAUCAGGAUGUUAAUGACCGCUGGAGCCUCCAUUACCCUCAACUGUAUGCCCCGGGGCAACAGAACAUGUACUUCAGUAUGGUGGAAUUUUUUAAGAUCCUGCUGCACAGCUGCUACAGCUCGCUCGUGCUCUUUUUCCUGCCCUAUGCCGCGAUGCACGACACGGUGCGCGACGACGGCAAAGACAUCGCCGACUACCAGUCGUUCGCACUGCUCGCCCAGACCUGCCUGCUCUUCGCUGUCAACAUUCAUCUGGGUUUGGACACGUAUUACUGGACGGCGGUGAAUCAGUUCUUCCUUUGGGGAAGUCUGUCUGUGUAUUUUGCCAUCACAUUCACCAUGUACAGCAACGGCAUGUUUCUCAUCUUCACCUCCUCCUUCCCCUUCAUCGGCACAGCAAGGAAUUCCCUGAGCCAACCCAAUGUUUGGCUCACCAUCUUCCUUACCACCAUCCUGUGUGCACUGCCUGUGCUGGCUUUUAGAUUCCUCCGGAGCCAGCUACAACCAACCAUCAAUGACAAGGUGCGUUAUAAAAUCAGAGAAGCCAAAGCUGUAAUCACUCCUCCCACUCGCCGGUUCCCACGGCGACGCAUCAGCACCCGUCGCUCCGGUUACGCCUUUUCGCAUGCUCGCGGUUAUGGUGAUCUCGUGACCUCAGGUCGUUUCUUACGCCGACCCGUGAAGAGCCGCCCGGUGCUUUUCCCAUUAGCCGAGUCCCCUGUAGCUCAAAACUCUCCACAAACAUACCGCAACAUCACUUCCUCCUAACGCACCAACACCAGGAGACAAAAACACUGACUGUUUCACUGCACAGGAAGUGGAAUUUCACAGGAAGUGAACUCUAUGAGUAUAGACGUUUACAAGAAAAAAUUUACGUGACAUUUCAGCAGCUUGUCUUAUGUAUAAAUGUAGGACUCGCUUUGACGGUUCAUUCCAGACGAUAUGUUUUGGAACACUUACGUAUUUAUCUAGACAGAAUUUUUUCUUCUCAGGCUUUUAAAAUUUGAGUUUUUUGUCUAAACUCUCGGAGAAACAUUUAGAGUUUUUCCUUUGUGCCUUUAAAAAAAACUCUUGUGUGUUAGGUGUUAGGUGUCGGGGUGUGAAUUAAAGCUGUAAAUAAAUUCAGAGAGAAAUUUCACAACUGGGAGAAUAGGGUAAGUAGAUCAGACCACAAAAACAAUAUCACUUUAGGACCAGGAUUUUAUCACCUGUCAAUCAAAGCGACACCAGUCAAUCACGUGUGUACGUUCAUGCUGAAGAUCCACAGGCACAAUUAAGGGCUAGAAUUGUGUAAUGUUUUAUUACUAAGCAGAACUGAGGAUGAGCGAUCGAACCGAACUCUGUCCUCAUGACUACAAACGUGAUAAUAUAACAUAAAACCAAAGCUAUGUGAUUCUUCGGCUAUAUUUCAGUUCACACAGAUUACACAGAUUACAGCCGUUUAAUUCCCCUAAAAUAACCGCCGUUAAUUCGUCAUAUUUUUGUAUUUGACUUAAAUUUUGUUUGUAUGUCUGUUUUUUUUUAAAGUUGAGUCUUGUUUACUGAUCAAUCUCUUAAUAAAUUGUUUUAUAAGAUAAAAGAUUUUUUUCUGUUCUCAGCUGAACUGUACGUGCUGCCAAAUAAAUUUGAUGGAUUAUGUUUUUCCUCUUCA